CAGGAGGGGCGGCGCUGUGGAGGUGGGGGCAGAAAAGGUCACAACAUCACCUUGGAGUUGGGCUGGGUCUGCGUGGAGCCCCAGAGAUGUUCCCCAGCCCAUUCUUCCCAAGAACCAAUGAGUAAAAUUCGGGGCCUCCCACCUGAGGUCAGGGAACCAGGCCCUGGAGUGGAACUUGGGGUGGAAGAUGGCCUCCUUUGUCAACUGAUUCAUUCUCCAGAAUUCAACUUGUUCUCUGACUCAGUGGUGUUUGAAAGCAUCUUUAUCCAGGUCACUAAGCCCGGAAACUGGAUGGAUGACUGUGAAGGGCCAACCACUGUGAUCCUUGGGGUGACCUCGUCCGUACCCUCCUUGCCACUCCCCAACAUCCUCCUGAUGGCCAACGUCACCUGGCCCCAGGGUCAGUUUUCCACCUGGAACAUGCCGGAGAGUGCCCCAGUCAUCACCCUCAGCAGGAUUCUGCCCCUGAAGUAUGUGGAACUGCAAAUCUAUGACCGACUCCAACGCAUCCUAAGGGUUAGGACGGUGACUGAAAAGAUCUACUACCUGAGGCUCCACGAAAAACACCCAGAGACCGUGUUUCAGUUCUGGAUCCGUUUGGUGAAAAUUCUGCAGAGAGGUCUGUCCAUCACCACCAAAGAUCCAAGAAUCCGAAUCUCUCACUGCCUGGUGCCCAAGUUGCCAACAGAAACAUCUGAAAGCAGCCUGCCAUCAUCCUCUCAGCCCAGUGAAAGCUCCAUGCUGUUGGCCGCCGAGCAGAAGAGUGACUAUUUCUUGAACCUCUUAGGAACUUCCCAGAACACAGUACACAGAAACACCAGCAGUGCCACUGAAAUAGACAAUUUCAACUUCAUCAACAACACAUCCUCGCCAGCGUCAUCCCCGGUCAUUUCGAAUAUACCCAUGAGAGCCACCUUGAGCCACAGUCUCUGGGAACAAGAGAAUGUUGAUGAGUACUACAUGCAGGCUCCUGUGGCCAGUUCCCUAGGAGAGAACUUUUGGGGACCCUAACACCUAGCCCAAACAGGUUUCAUUCAGUGCACUUGUUACAAACUUCUAUAGUGCAGUUUUCCUAUUGUGGCCCAAAUGACCCUGGGAGAAGUAGGAUGGUGUUUAUAACAAGAUGCUUCUGUACGUCCAUCAAUAAACCUCCGGUUGAGUCC